AAAAUUAAAUCAGAUAACAAAAAAUCUGAUUAAAAAAUACUCGUUUUUAAUAAAGAAAUUUGUUAAUAGAAAUAUUGUUAUUGUUUACAACAGUAUACAUCCAGUCACUAAUGAUUGAUCCAGUGACAGUGAAUCUAAUUCAAUAGUGUGCGAUGACUAUUAAUAACAAUAAGCCGACUCCUAUUUUGAUCAAUAAUAAAGUUAAAUGAAUAUAAUUAUAUUAAUAAAUCACAUAAUUACAAUAACAAAUCAUUUUUACAUCAUUAAUAUGUUUAAUUCAAGUAGUCGGUGACAUAAAAAAUAUUUUUAUACUUUUAAGACAUUCCAUUUAACGUACUUAGAAUUUUGACAUCAAGGAAAAAAAUAUCACAACAAAUAGAAAAUAUGAUCACUAAGUAACAGUAAUUUUUAAUAUACAUUUCAAUUUUUUGGGAACAGAAAAUUUUACUGCUAGUAAAUUCUAAAUUAAAACGAGUGGUAUUUUGAAUUUAUCUUAUAUAAUUUCUAACCUAUAUUGACAGUACAUUGAAAAAUCGAAUGCAUUCAUAGACUAUAAUUUUUAUUGAAAUUACGAUUAUAAAAAAAAAAAGAAAAAAUAAUGGCACGAAAUUUCAGCGCACAAUUAGAAAAAAAGAAACACGCACAAUAUUUCAAAAGAAUUUUACAAGUAAUGCCAAGUCAAAUGGCUCAAUAUGAUUCGAAUAGAGUAAUGUUUGCAUUUUUUGCUGUAUCAGGACUUGAUAUACUUGAUUCGUUAGAUGUAUUGAACGAAUCUGAAAAAUUAUCAGCUAUAGAAUGGAUCUACAGAUUGCAAGUAACUGAUGCUGGUAUCAGAUCUGGUUUCCAGGCAUCAACAAUGCUACCUGAUGACACACUUCACUAUCAAUGUGGUUAUUUACCAAUGACUUACACAGCACUUGCUACUUUAUUAGCACUUGGUGAUGAUUUAAAACGUGUAAAUAAAAAAUCAAUCUUAGAAGGAAUGCGUGCCUGCCAAAAUCCAAAUGGCUGUUUCAUGGCAAUGAUUACUGAGAGUGAAAGCGACAUGAGAUUUCUUUAUUGUGCUUGCUGUGUUUCUGCGAUACUCAAUGACUGGUCUGGAAUGAACAAAACAACUGCUAUUGAUUAUAUUGUUAAAAGUAUCUCGUAUGAUGGAGCAAUGGGACAAGGUCCAGACUUGGAGUCACAUGGUGGAUCAACAUUUUGCGCGGUCGCCAGUCUUUAUCUCAUGAAUGAACUUCAUAAUGUUUUAUCCGAAGAACAAAUUGAUAAGCUAAGACGUUGGUGUCUGAUGCGGCAGAAUAGUGGAUUCCAAGGUCGACCUGGUAAACCAUCAGAUACCUGUUAUAGCUUUUGGGUUGGCGCAACAUUGCAUAUGCUUGAUGCUGGCCAUUUUAUUGAUCCCGAUGAAAAUCGAAAAUUCAUUUUGAGUACGCAAGAUGCUUCCAUUGGAGGUUUUGCUAAAUUUUACGAUACACGCGCUGAUCCACUGCAUACUUAUUUAGGUCUAUGUGGCUUGAGUCUCAUGGGAGAACCUGGGUUGCUGCCAAUGAAUGCUGCCCUCAAUGUUUCUAAUCGCGUUUAUAAACAUUUAAAAGAAAUUCACAAAAAAUGGAAAACUAAUUGAUUAGUCUUCUUUUAUUAAGUAAAUUAAUUUUAUCUAAAAUUAUUCAUAUCAAGCGCACAUUAAUAUAUAAAAUCCGUUAAAUUGUACUGAAAGAUUGUAAUACAACCUGAUAAUAAUUUGUUAUGAAUAUACCACCAUCGAUAGAUGUAUUUAUUCAGAGUAACUGCAUUUGUAACUUUUUUAAAUAUCUACAAUGUAUUAUAAAUAACAAUUAUAAUCACAGUAAUAACUAAUUCAAAAAUUAUACA